GAAAUUAUUAUUAAAAAAAAAGGUAUUAUGGAGGAAAUAAGAUAAAAGGUCAAAAGGAAAAUAUGAUUCGAAGUUGACCUAUAUUUUUAUUUAGAGCAUGUAUCCCUCCUUUGCACUCUUCUUGGUGUAAAAUGUAUUGGUACCUCAUUAUCAAAGUUUUCAUCAAUGUAAGUCCUGCUGCUUUAUCAUGAUAGACAAAUUCACUUUUUACUUCGUUGGAAUGGAUACCUAUUACGGCAACGAGCUUAUUUUACUUAUGAUCUAAAUUAAAUGAGUGAAAAUUUUAUUCAAUGGUUGUACAACUUGUUAACGUGUCUAAAAUAUACAUUUGCAUCUCAUAAAAACUUACAAUUGAUUUCGGUGUAAAAAAAAUAACAUCAAUUAAUUAAAAUAAACGAGUUUUUCCCUCAGUCGACGAUAAUAAUUUCUCAUAUUCAAUUCUUACAUUGUUUUUAAAACAUUUCUUUUGGGUUAUUUAUAGUGAGAAUUGUGAAUACCAAGCAAAGGAAAACAUUCAUAAGAUAUAUGAACAUAAUGGCUAAUAACGCAUGCAGAUCAGACAGAAGAAACUAGAAGUAAUCUCGGUGACACAAAAACUUCUAUAACAAGGAAACUGUCUAGUUCCGUAAUUUAAGAACUAAUCCGAACUUCUUAUGGAAAGAAAAAGUUCAAUAGAAACGACUCCACGGCGAGAAAAUGCUAAACAUUAUAACCCAUAAAACAUUUAACACCUCGAACAAUAUAAUACGUCACAAUAGCAAAUUAAUAUGUCACCAAAUUGUCAGUUGACUUAUCAAUUAUGAUCAUAGUGGAGCCUGUGAAAGUGUCCAAUAGCAGUACAAGAUCCACAUUGUUUUCACCAAAGAAGAAUUGGACGGGUGUCAUUAAAAUCAUAAUUCUCGUAUGGCCCGAAGGCCGAAUGUUAGGAAGAGCCCGGGAGAGAGGCGUCGCCGAUCCACCAGUAUAUAAACCAACGGUCGGUGGUACAGAGCAUCACACAACCACGACACCUCCGUGAGUCAACAUGAAAGCGUUCUUGGUAUUAGCUGCCGUUGCGGCACUCGGCUCGGCUAGGCCCGAGGCGGGAUACAGUUACAGCGCGCCCGGAGGCGGCGGUGGUCACGGAGGACACGGCGGCCUCGGCGGGCUCGGUGGCCUCGGCGGCGGCAUCGGUGGCGGACACGGAGGAUUCUCCUCCGGCGGUCUGAGCUCCAGCAGCUUCGGAGGCAUCGGCGGCGGCAGCGGUGGCGGCUUCUCCUCUGGAGGCUUCUCCUCCGGCGGCGGCUCUGGCUUCGGCGGUGGCUCUGGAUUCGGAGGAGGCGCCGGUUUCGGCGGCGGCGCUGGAUUCGGCGGCGGCGCUGGCUUCGGCGGCGGUGCUGGCUUCGGCGGCGGCGCUAUUGUGCAGAAGCACAUCUACGUCCACGUCCCUCCCCCAGAACCCGAAGAACAGCGUCCCCAGGUGAUCAGCGGCGGUGGUGUUCCCCAGAAGCACUACAAGAUCAUCUUCAUUAAGGCACCUGCACCUCCCGCACCUGUUGCGCCCAUCAUCCCCGCCCAGGCUCAGAACGAAGAGAAGACCCUCGUCUACGUGUUGGUCAAGAAACCCGACGAACAGCCCGACAUCACCAUCCCCACCGCUGCUCCCACCCAGCCCUCCAAACCCGAAGUUUACUUCAUCAAGUACAAGACCCAGAAGGACGGUGGUGCUGGAGGCAUUGGUGGUGGUGCUAUUGGCGGCGGCAUCGGCGGCGGCAUCGGCGGUGGUAGCAUUGGCGGCGGCAUCGGCGGCGGCAGCAUCGGCGGUGGUAUCGGCGGUGGCAGCAUUGGCGGAGGCAUCGGCGGCGGCAGCAUUGGUAUCGGCGGCGGUCACGGCGGCUCCAUCGGUGGUGGACACGGUGGCUCCAUCGGAGGCGGACACGGUGGCUCCAGCGGUGGCGUCAGCACCUCGUACGGCCCCCCCGGCCAGUCCGGCCCUUACUAAACGGCGCGAAACACGCGCGCAAUUGUGAUACCUGCUCUGCCGGCGACAAACUUAGUUAUAAGUAGAGAAAAAAUUACGGUGCCUAAAUGUAUUUAUGUAAAUAGUAAUUUUAAUGUACUAUAAUUCUAGUUGUAUUAUAAAUUCUUAUUUUUGCAUAAAAAGUUAUAAACAA